ACUGCACCCUCUAUGAGGCGGGCGUCAGUGCGUGUGGAGAAGCUAGCUAGCUCAGUUACCUACCUGUUUAUAGCAUAUAAAUGGGUUUUAUAUGCUAACUGCUUCAUUUUCUUUGUUUUUGUUGAAAACACGAUGAACAGGACGCAACUGAAGCGGUCGAAAAUUCUCGGCAUGGCUCUCGCAGGCUUGGAUUCCGUGGAUCAAGAUGGAGAGACGGAGACUUUUUUAAUGAGAGCCAUCAAAAUAACUUUUGUUGUGGCUCUCUAUUGGUUUAUAUCUAUUACUAUGGUCUUUUUAAACAACCAUUUGCUAGAUAUCCGUGAACUGAACGCCCCCUUGUUCGUGACAUUUUUCCAGUGCCUUGUAACCGUGGGUCUUUGCUGGUUCUUGCACCUCACGUCGAAGCUGUGCCCCGGUGUCGUGGACUUCCCCUCCCUUAAGUUUGACCAUAAGGUCUCAAGAGAAGUCUUGCCACUGUCAUUCGUCUUCAUCGGCAUGAUUACUUUCAAUAACCUGUGCCUGAAACAUUUGGGGGUUGCGUUUUACACUGUAGGAAGGUCGCUCAGUACAGUUUUUAAUGUAAUCCUGUCUUAUGUCAUACUCAAGCAAACCACUUCUUUAUAUGCGCUUCUGUGCUGCGGAGUGAUUUUAGGAGGGUUCUGGCUGGGUGUCGACCAGGAGGGGGCAGAAGGAUCACUGUCCUGGUUAGGAGUUGUCUAUGGAGUCCUUGCCAGUAUGUGCGUGUCCCUAAAUGCCAUUUACACAAAAAAGGUGAUGCCAGUUGUGGAUGGAAGCAUAUGGAAGCUGUCAUUUUACAACAACAUCAACGCAUGUGUCCUAUUUGUUCCACUCAUCUUUCUCUUCGGUGAGGCACCAAAAGUCUACAGUUUUAACGGGAUGGACGACUGGAACUUCUGGGGCAUGAUGAUCACUGGGGGAAUCUUUGGUUUUGCCAUUGGCUACGUCACUGGCCUUCAGAUUAAAUACACAAGUCCGCUGACGCACAAUGUGUCGGGCACGGCCAAAGCCUGUGCACAGACUGUGCUGGCUGUCGUGUACCACUCCAGUAUCAAGAGCUUGUUGUGGUGGACAAGUAACUUGAUGGUGCUGGGUGGCUCCUUUGCUUACACCUGGGUUAAAGGGAUGGAAAUGAAAAAGGUUCAGGAUGAGCCUCAGUCAAAAGCUAAGGUACAAAAGAAUGACUCUGGUGUGUAAGGAAUCUGGGAUGGUCUUUGUUUAGGGCAAAGACCCUUUAUGUGUAAGAAAGUGGACAAGAUAAUAUCCUAAUGCUGGCAAUGAGCAAUGCAACAUAUAUUUCGUUGCCUCUAUUUGGCCUGCUUUUUUUUUUUUAUUUUGUUCAUGUAGCACAUACAGUGUUUUGUGUUAUUUUUAUGUGAUGUAUUUUUCUCUUCUUUAACAAAGGGUUAUUGUCAGAUUAUUUAUUUGCAUUACUCAUUCCAUGUAUUUUGGUAUUAGACACUGCAGUCUGAGAUCACAAAGCAAGUACGGUUUCAAACUAGAAAUACUUAUGUCAUUCUACUAAAAAAACUUUUGUCUGCUUUUGUGUCUAAGUAUGGCGUAUUCAAAUUUUGCGGUUGACUUUUGGAGCGUUUCGAUAUCAACAAGGGGAAAAAAAUCAACAUUAAUUAUGACAAAUUGUAUCUGGUUCAUUAAAAGUAGAAACCAAAGAAUAAUCAAUGUUAUAAGAUUAAUUAAAGGAGUUUUGGGAUUUCUAAUUAAGAGCACUCAGGGUGCUUUUGUAUCAGAUUGUGUUUUAUUUUUUGGCUUGAGUGGUAAACUGAGUGGCAUGGUGGUUCAUUGAUUAGCACUCAUGCCUGACACCUUCAGGCUUGGGGUUUAAAUCCCACCUCCAUUGUGUGUGUGUGUGUGUGUGUGUGUGUGUGUGUGUGCACUCGCAUGCGCAGUUUACAUGUUCUUACUGUGUUGUGUGAGUUUCCACUGGGCACUUUGGUUUCCUCCUGCAGUUUAUACAGUUAGGCUGACAGGCACCUCUAAAUUGAUCAUGUGAUUAAUUCAGCUCAAUUCAAUUCUAUUAAGUGUGAGUGUACCCUGCAAUGGCAUGUCAUCCAGGGUAUACCCCAGCCUUGUGCCUUGUGCUGCCUGGAAUAGGCUCCAGACUCGGCCUGACAAGGAUAAAUACCUGCAAGAGUUGGAGUGGGAAGCUGAAAGAAAAUUGGUUAAAGACAGAUUCUCUGGUGUUCUGUGUGGUGAAUAACUAACACAUCAUUGAUCUCUUGAGUUGGAAUGUAAUGGGCAGUGUUGUUAAAUGUGGUUGUCAGAAUAAAGAUGUAAAAUGUAUUUGAAUUAUCAGAUUUUGUUAUAUGUUUGAUAAAAUCAUAAUACCUUUGAAUUAAAAUGGUUUCAAUACUGGCUGAAUAGUAUGUAUAUUGAAAUUUUGAUUUGUUUGAUUCCAGUAAUAUAACUUGUGAGAAAUUAAAAUUAGUUGAACUGUUGGUUGAAUCAGUAAUUUCCAAUGCAGUUGAAGUUUACAUUCUGCACCCUUUCAGGUUUGCUAUUUGAACAACUUCUGUGAUCUGAGUAGCCUUACUGAUUUUGUUGAAGAACCUUCACCAAGCCUGUUACACAAUAGAUUUUUUCUGUCGUAUGUUUAACUUGCUUUCAUUUAAAUCCAUUUCAUUUUUAUUUAGUUUCAUAUGUUGAUUGGCUUCCCGUGUAUAACAUUACCUGUUAAUAUAACGUAUACAUUAAUAGAUAUAUCUUUAACUGCAGGAUGUGAAAAUUAUAUUGAAAACACCACUAGAUGGAGCAGUUUCACAUUUAUUAGGAUUUUUAUGUCCUUGCUGGUUCUCACAAAAAGCUGUGGUCUUUCAUUCCGUUCCUUUUUUAAAGAUUGUUUUAAGAUUAUAUAUAUAUAUAUAUAUAUAUAUACUCUAUUGUUUAAAUUAUGAAUAGUAUUCAGUUAGUUUAAUAAUGACAAUCAAUAUGCUGUAUAGUAUUGAAAGCUUGUCAAAUUUCCAGUAAGUUGUAUUUAUUGAUCCUGUUUCUUAUUCCAUUUGACCGAGAUGGUUCAAAUAUUUCUGUAAAUGUGUUUUAAAAUUUGUUUUUCUGUUUGAUCCGUAUAUUGUCGAAACCUGUGAACAUUUCUGUUAUUGUCGAUUAACAAACAGGACACAAAGUGUACUACACAAAUCUAAAUUGACAAAUAACUAAUUAUACGGUUUAUAAACAUAAUGUAGAGAUUCUUUUAAAAAUAAACUCUUUAAAUGCCUUGGGUGACGGUUAGUUUGUAUGUAAUAAAAAAUACAAAUUUAAUUGUU